UUAUGGUAAUAAAAUCGGAUGUUGAUCAAGGGGAUGAAAGGGGAAGCUGAAAAUUAACUCGGAAAAGCCCAAUGAAGAUGCUCUGCUUACUUUCUUCUUUCUUCUUCAACCCAAAGUCAAAUCUGGAACCAACCUGCAAAGCUUGAGUCUUUAAAACCCCCACAUCAAUGUCAAUUUAGUUUCUUCCAAGAAAGCUACCUUUUGUUGUUUUACAACAUUGGAAUUGAAAUAUUCCACUUUCUCCAUUUGUGGACCCACUUUAGUGCCCUUCAUUUUCUGUCAACAUUUCUUUUUAUUUCAUCUCCUUUCAUGUUUGUAAUCAACUAUACUUCGAAUCUGCUUUUACUUGUUGGAUUUUUAGAAUCAAACUUUAACCUAAAAUUGGCCAUUUUUUAAGGUACAGUACCUGAAUUUUUUUCAAAGAUUUAGGUAUAUUUUAAUAAUAUUCAUUCUUGCUGAUAUUCCUUUCGUUUCUUGGGUCUAGUAAAGGCUAAUUAAAACAACUGACAAAUAUUUCAAGUAGUACUAUCUUCUCUGGAGUGAAUAUCUGCUGCAGUUCAUCAUUUCAGCCUCUAAAAUCUGAAAUUUUUGUUCUUGAUUUUUUAAAAUUAUGCAGAAAAGGGGAUUAGGGUUCUAAUUUUAGUGCUAACCCACCAUGAUUAUGAGGGUUUUAUGGCUGUUUCUGCUUUUGGUAUUGAAACUGGAAAAUGGGUUAUUAUUAGCAAGUGGGGUUGGUACAAAUCAUUCAACAAGACCAAGAACAGUAACCAUUGGGGCAAUUUUCUCCUUCAAUUCUACAAUUGGUAAAGUUGCAAAAGUUGCAAUUCAAGCGGCAGUAGAUGAUGUUAACUCUUCCUCACAAGUUCUUAAUGGAACCAACCUCAGCAUCACAAUGCAGGAUUGUCAGAGUGGAUUCCUAGGAAUUAUUCAGACAAUGACAUUCAUGGAGAGUGAUGUAGUGGCAAUAAUAGGUCCACAAUCAUCUGAUAUAGCUCAUGUAGUUUCUCAGGUUGCAACAGGACUCCAAGUCCCUUUACUCACCUUUGCAGGAACAGACCCAACUCUUUCAUCUGUCGAGUAUCCAUUUGUUGUCCCAACAACCCAAAAUGAUCUUUUCCAAAUGGCUGCAAUUGCAGACAUUGUGAGCCACUAUGGAUGGAGGGAAGUAACUGCAAUAUACACUGAUGACAGUUACGGAAGGAAUGGGAUCGUGUCUUUAGGUGACGAAUUGGCUAAGAGGCAGUGUAGGAUAAGCUAUAAAGCGCCUUUGAGCCCUGACCCGAGUAUAGAUGACAUAAGGAGUGUGUUGUUUAAGGUGAUUUCAGAAGAAUCUAGGAUUCUUGUUAUUCAUACUUAUGAUAAAUUUGGUCUAGAAAUACUUGAGGUGGCUCGCUCUCUUCAGAUGUUGGAUAGUAGUUUUGUUUGGAUUGCUACAAGGUGGUUAACCGAUGUCAUAGAUACUGAUUCUCCUCUAUCCACUGAUGCAUUGAGUGAUGUUCAAGGGUUUAUUACCUUGAGGCCACACACACCCAAUUCACAACCCAAGAAAAAUUUUAUGGCGCGGUGGAGUAAUUUGGUGAGAAAAGAGAACAUGAAUAAUGCCUUGUUUGGAUUGAACACUUUUGGUCUUUACGCGUAUGACACUGUUUGGAUUCUUGCUUAUGCUCUAGAUGCAUAUUUUUCUCAAGGGGGGAACAUAUCAUUUACAAAAUAUUCAACCUUGGAUCACGCGAAAGGAAGCAGCAACUUGCACCUUGAUUCUAUCAGCAGUUUUGAUGGAGGAGAAAGCCUACUCUCAAAAAUAUAUCAAACCAAUAUGACAGGGUUAACAGGUCUUAUUAGGUUUGACAAAGAUAGGUACUUGAUUAAUCCUGCUUUCGAUAUCAUCAAUGUGGUUGGAACAGGUCUUUACACAAUAGGGUAUUGGUCUAACCAUUCAGGUUUAUCAGUUAAACCACCAGAAGAUGUACGUUCUAAACCGCCUGUUUCAAGUGAGCGGCUAUUAAGUGUAAUUUGGCCUGGGAAAACCACUGAGAAGCCUCGUGGAUGGGUUUAUCCGAACAAUGGUAAGGUUCUAAGGAUUGGAGUUCCACGCCGUGUUAAUUACCUUGAAUUCGUAUCAUAUUCAGCACGCACAGACUCAUUCACUGGGUACAGUAUUGAUGUCUUCACUUCUGCUUUGAAUUUGCUUCCAUAUGGAAUUGCUUAUAAGUUGAUACCCUUUGGGGAUGGGAAGUCUAACCCAAAGAUCGAUGAUCUUAUCGAGGAAUUAGCUAGAGGAGUAUUUGAUGCUGUAGUUGGCGAUAUUGUAAUUACCACCAAAAGAACAAGAAUGGUAGAUUUUACACAGCCUUUUGUUGAGUCGGGUCUAGUGGUUGUGGCACCUGUUAAGACCAAGGAGUCAGAUGCCUGGGCUUUCUUGUGGCCUCUAACUCCAAUGUUGUGGUGUGUUACUGGUUUAUCUGUCAUCGUUUUGGGAGCUGUCAUAUGGAUUCUGGAACAUAGGUUUAACGAUGAGUUCCGUGGCUCACCCCAAAAUCAAAUUAAGACAGUGAUAUGGUUUAGCUGUUCAACUUGGUUCGGUUCUCAAAGGGAAACUACUUUAAGUGUGCUGGGUCGAAUCGUGCUAUUCAUAUGGAUGUUUGUAAUUCUAAUUGUAAAAUCAAGUUAUACUGCAAGUUUGAGCUCUAUACAAACAGUGCAAAACCUUUAUUCCCCUGUCAAAGGGAUUGAGACCUUAAUGGAAAGCAAAUAUCCCAUUGGAUAUCAAAAUGGUUCAUUUUCUGAGAGUUAUUUGCACGAGGAGCUUCACUUUCCCAUGUCUCGCCUUGUUGCUCUUGAAAAUGAAAAUGAGUAUGUGGAAGCUCUCAGAAAGGGCCCCAAGAAUGGUGGGGUUGCUGCCAUUGUUGAUGAUAUGACGCGCAUAGAAACCUUCCUUGCAAAGAGGUGUGAAUUCACUGUCAGAGGUCAAAAGUUCACCAAAAACGGAAGAGGAUUUGCGUUUCCGCGAGGCUCACCCUUGGCAGUAGACAUGUCAACGGCUAUACUGAAAAUGACAGAGAAUGGUGACUUACAGAGGAUCCAUGAUAAGUGGUUGAGGAAAAGUGCAUGCAGGUCACAGGAUACCAAGCUUACAGUAAACAGGCUAGAACUGAAAAGCUUCUCGGGUCUCUUCCUACUCUCUGGUGUUGCUUGCAUUUUUGCUCUCAUCUUGUAUUUUGGAGUUAUGGUGAGAAAGUUCAUGCGUUUCCGGCCACCCAAAGAGGAAGAAUCAGUUAGCCCGACAGCUCAGAUCACGCAACCUACCUGUCUCAAGACGUUCUUCACGUUUGCCAAUGCGAAGGAUGAUGAAACCCAAAGCUGUUAAGAAAAGGCACUGCAGCAACCAACUGGAGUACUGGACCCUGGUACAUAACUACAAGUAUAAUAUUAUGAUCUAUGUAUAUAACUGAAAUUCUAGCUCCCAGCUAGUUUUUGAUGUAAUUUGAUCAUGUAGUUAUAUACAUUAUGUAAGCGAAUGGUUUAGAAGCCAUAUAGUAGCAAAGUAGAAAUCGGCAAUUACGAAUUAAAAAUGAAAAAUUUCCAUGUGAAAGAGACUAGUGUGAGAAGUGCACCAAAAUGUAUCUAAUAUUGGUUACGACUGA